UUUCCUUUUAGAAAACACUGUUGACACUUUUAACACAAAGCGACACACUUCGCUUUCCAUUUACAAGAUUUACAAACUCAAUCGACACUUUUCGACUCUACUCAAAAGGAGAGUCAGACUGUGUUCGAGUGUAUUAACUUGUGUCAAUUUGUGUCUUCUAAAAGGAAAACAGCCUUUGUGUAUGUACGCGCUCUCGGCGUUCCUUUCGCCAAGUGUGCCAACAGUCGGGCGACGUGCUUUCCGAGGUCUAACCUAGUCUAACGUCUAACCUGUACUUGUAUCAGAGGACGACGUAUAUAAACAGAUACGGUGACUGCGGCGUUAUAAUGUGCAAUUUGAUCCUUGUUGUUUGUUGUUGUUAAGCAUUUAUUGUACAACCGAUCCUUUUUUUAGCAUCCAUUAAAAACUGCGAUAAUUACGCGAUUACACAUCAACAUUAGUUCUGAGAGUUAUUAAUGAAAGACUGCUUUAGCGUUGAAUUUUUUCGGCAAGAUGAUGAAUCCUCUAAUCCCGAAGGUGGAACGGGUGGUGAAAGACGCUAAAAUAGCGUGGAAAGCAUUAAAUGGAGUGUUUGCCGUUUACAAACCGCCAAUGGUUACAUAUUUAAACACACGGGAUACCUUAAUUUAUCGUCUAUGCAAAGAUUUAAACAGUAUGCAUGUACGUCCACCAAUUAAACACGUGUGCAUAGAAGGUGAUACAACCAAGCCAAUGAAGGUGAUUAGACAUGCGAGCUAUGCGGAUCAUCCAUUGGUUGUAGGUCCGCGAUAUCAACUUCAAGACAUUAAAUUAAAUUGUGCUAAUUACCUGAGCAAAGAUAUGUCAGGACUCAUGAUCUGUGGUAUUAAUGAUGGUACUAAAUGGAUUCACAAAUUGAAGGCUUCCAAAUCUCCGACUAGUUACAGAAUUAAAGGCCUCUUAGGUCAGGCAACAGACACAUACUUUAUAACUGGAAAAAUUGUCGAGAAAUCUACAUAUAAAUAUAUUAAGCGUAAUGCAAUAGAUAAAAUAUGUGCUUCUAUGCAGGCAGCUCAUCAGCAAAAAAUGUUUGAAGCAUGUGGGGUACAUAUACAGAGUCAAGCGGCAUACGAGUUAGCUGUACAAGGUCUGGUGAGACCUGCUAACACCAAUAUUCCAAUGAUAUAUAACAUAAAAUGUAUAGACUUUAAAUCUCCUGAAUUUACAUUAGAAAUUGUUUGCAUAAACGAAAACGACAUGUAUUUAAAAACUUUAGUGCAUGACUUGGGAAUACAACUUCAUAGUGUCGCUACAUGCACUCAAAUACAGUGUUUCCGAUAUGCGUUAUUUAAUCUAAAUCUUGCCCUAUUGAAAAAACAUUGGGAACUGGAAAAUAUUUGUAAUAAUAUUGACCAAUGUAACACUAUAAUUAAUCAGAAUAAGAAUUUAUUGUCACAAGAUAAUCCAAUAUUGACAGAACAAUAUAAAUAAUUGUAAUUUUUCUAAAUUAUAACUAAAUGUACAUACAAUAAAUAGAUUAUAUAAAUUGCUAGCAAAAA